CAAAGCUCGUUCCUGUUGGAUUCACGAUCGCUGACCUAGGUUGUAGCCAUGGAGACUCAAUUGAAAAACAUGGAGAACAGAUUCGCAGGCAUUGAUGAACGGAUCAAUGCACAAGAUCUGAAGCUUGAUCAAAUCAUGAUGAUCUUGAAGAAGAUGGAAACACAUUCAGGAAAGGAGAAGGAAGGAAAUAUGACAUCAGUUGGGGACAGAAUCCAAUCAAAGGGCAGAUCACUCAAUUUCAACCCUAAACUGGAGUUUCCAAGGUUCGAUGGAAGCAAUACGAGGAAUUGGAUCAAAAAGGCAGGUAAAUAUUUCAAUCUCUGUAAAAUACCAGAGGAUCAGUGGGUGGAUAUAGCCAGUUUGUAUAUGAUUGACAAGGCUGAAAAUUGGAUGUCAAGCUAUCUGUCAUUUAGAAAGUUUGUGUCAUGGCAUGAGUUCAUCAUAGACUUGAGUGCAAGGUUCAGAGAUGAUAAGGGGCAUAAUGUAGUGGAGCAAUUCAAAAAACUCGAACAGAAAGGAUCAUUAGAAGAUUACAUCGAUGAAUUUGAGGACUUAAGAUCUGUGUUGGUACAAAACAACCAAUAUCUACCUGACUCUUACAUUUUAGACUGUUUUAUUGGAGGAUUGAAGGCAAGCAUUAGCCUAUAUGUUAAAGCCUUUAAGCCUAACUGUUUAGCUAACACCAUUGAAUAUGCUAGGCUCAAGGAAGAGUCAUUGGAGGUGGAGCAUGCUCGAUAUACCAAGUUCCAGAAACCUCCUGCCUAUAAUUCUUCCAAGCCUCCCCUUCUGCCAACUCCGCAAACCAAGGCUGCCAAUUUCCCACCCAACAAGGGCUUCAAAUAUAUACAUGCAGAUGUAAGGGCAGAAAAGAUAGCCAAGGGGCUGUGCUAUUACUGUGGAAUUGGAGAAGGACAAUCAACCUCUAGGCCACCACUCUUUGAUGGCACCAACUACUCCUAUUGGAAGGAACGGAUGAGAAUCUAUAUUCGUUCCACCAACUUCCAAUUGUGGUUGGUGAUCAAAAAUGGCGAAGAAAUUCCUAUGAAGAAAGUGGGAGAAACCACGGUCCCAAAGACCGAAGACGAAUUUGAUGCCGAGGACAUCAAGAAGGUCGAAAACUAUGCAAAGGCCAUCAAUAUGUUAUAUUGCGCGGUCAACCCCGAUGACUACCGAAAGAUCUCCUGUUGCACAACCGCCAAGGAGAUGUGGGACAAGCUUGAAGUGACGUACGAAGGUACCGAUCAAGCCAAACACGGCAAGGACAAGCCUGGCUUCAAGAAGCAAAGGGCCUACAUCUCUUGGGGUGGCGAUUCCGGCGACGAAUCAACCGACCAAGAGGAGGACGAAGCUGCAAACCUCUGCCUCAUGGCACACGAAGAUCAAAGCGACGACGUCCAAGAGGCAUCAAGUGUACUUUGGUACCUUGAUAGCGGAUGCUCCAAGCACAUGACCGGGGAUGCAUCCAAGUUUCUCCAAAUCAAACCCGCUAAAGGAGGAAACGUAGUCUUUGGAGACAAUAGCAAAGGAAAAAUUAUCGGCGUUGGUUCAGUAGGUAAAUCUGAUUUCUCCUCUAUAGAUAAUGUCUUGCUUGUUAAAGGUCUUAAACACAAUCUCUUGAGCAUAAGUCAAUUAUGUGACAAGGGAAACCGUGUGACCUUCGAUUCAAAGUCAUGCACUGUAGAACGCCUUAGUGACAAUAAGCUGAAGCCAUUUAGGGGUACCCUCCCUACUGCCGUACACAUUCCAGAGUGGUUCCAGGGGCAAGUUGCUGGCACUCAUCCUAAGCCAGCGGCAAUCAUUGACGGGAGGAUUCAGAAGGUUCAAAAUAAAGCCCAAGUACAGUAUUUGGUUCAAUGGGAAGGGAAGGCGUUUCAGCUGACAGUUGAGGACCUGGCUCAGCAUUUGGGUCUGUACACUUUGGAGGAGAUGAUGGCACAAGAGUUCCAUGAUGCACCCUUCCUUUUGCCCGAGGAUGUCGAUCACGCUGAUUUUUGGGUAGAGCACUCUACUGAUCCGGUCUGCUUUGAUACAACGGGCCGAGAGGCGAAUGUGGCCGUCUUUGUGGCUCAGUUCCUGUACAGCCAAUCCCUGAGGAACCAGACGCACAUCGUUUGUGGUUUUGUGGUCACCAUACUCUUCUGGUCUCUCGUGGGGUCCGCGCCCAUUAUGCGGGACUUAGAUGCGGGCAUGCUGCGGAAUGCUCAUAUUCGUAGGAGGUUAGACUCUAGCUCUUCCGAGAGCAGAGCAACACCGCCUCCUCCUCUGCGUCUUCGACGUCACGAGCAUCUUCCCAGGCUCUGUCCAGGAGAGUCACUCGUCGCCGCCCCGCCGCCUCUCAAGCCCAUGCAGCCACUUCUUAGGCGGAUCUGACCCCUGAUUGGGCCCGGAGGAUCAUGGAGCAGCAGGAGACCAUCAUCCGGAUGAUGGACACUAUGGGGGAGCAGCAGGGAUCCGAGGCUGAGAGCUUUGCUCAGCUUCGGAAUGUCUUCUCCAGCUUCUACACCGAUGUGCACACUGGCCUCACUCCCCGUCCUUCUAAGGGAGACGAUCCCUCAUUUUUUGCGCCUCCUAAGUGAUUUUUCCAUUACUCUCUUUUGAACUCCUAUUUCUUUUUAUUUAUGAGCAGGAAUUGAUAAUCAACUGGAUUUUUUGGA